UCACUCUACCACUGUGACAAAGGGCCUGCAAGUCUAAAUAGGGUUUAGAGUGUUCCCCCUUCAGUGCAACCAAUCUCUAACUAACCAGCCACUGCAACUCUCAACUACCUUUUGACCUUCAGCUCCUCCUCCUCCUCCUUUCUCCGCCAUGCCGUUAUCGGCGACUCUCUCUUCCCCCUCACUCUCUUAUUUCCCCCAAGCACACCACCAACAACAACUCCAUCUCCCUCACAAUCUCAAUCCAUACCUCAAACCCAAAACACUGACACUUCAAUUUCAAUGCCCCCAAGCCUCCAGACGAUCCCCAAAUUACCCUCAGGGCGGCAGUGCCGAUGGUCUCGCCGACGACCCCCGCAAUUGGGGCCGUUCGAUCAACUCCGACGUCGAUAGGCGCUACGAUUUCGAAGACGACGAUGACGACGACGAAGAUGACGAGGACGAUGAAGAAGAAGACCGGAGUUUGGAUUUGUUGGUGAGAUUUGUUCAGAAUGUGUUCAAAAAGGUGUCCAGGCGAGCCAGGAGGGCCCUCCGAUCGGUUCUCCCCGUCUCAAUUCCCACCAAGUUGGUGGGAUUUUCUGUUAAUGGAGUGCUAAUGCUAGCAUUCUUGUGGGUCUUGAAGGCAUUUCUUGAGUUUAAGGGAAUGAAGUAUCAAAACUCGAAAACACAGGCGUAUAUGUUACCCAUGAGGUUUUUCAUCAACGCCAGUUUCAGAAAAGGGGCGUUGUUUAUAGCAUGAAUGACCACAAGUAUGUUGAGUUGCUGGACAUGAACAGGUAGUUUGCACCCUUGGAAGUCUAGUGUUCGUAAGCAUCUUACUCAUCCGUGGGAUCUGGACUGGAGUAGCCUAUUAUCAAGAUAACCGCAAUCAGAAGUACCGGAAUUUUGAAGACGACAACCGUCCAUGGGCGGGCGCACAGCCUGUAACCUGAUACUUACCAUUCAGAGUGACCUGCUGAAUUAUAAUUUCACACCAGAACAGGAGUAUACAAUAAAGUAGGAACACUUGACAAAUCAAGGGGAUGAUGAGAAGAUAGCAUAAAAAUUUGUUUUCCCAUAACCAUUUGUUCUGGCCUUCAAAGACUAAUACAUAUGAUGCAUCUUCCUGCCUGAACAGAUUAACAAGAUAUUCUUGCACUUGUAUUAUACACAGGUACAACAACAGCGUCUUAUCUCACUAAGUGAGGUCAGCUGUAUGAAUCUUAGAACGUCAUUAGGCUCCGUUUUGUGCCAAGUUUUUCGUUAGAUCCAAGUAC